AUGAAGACACACUCGUUGCUUUGGAUUUUGGUACUUGGUUUUAUUCUAACAUCUGGACAAAUCAUUGCCCAAAUUGGACCUCCCGGUCUACCAGGGCCGCCUGGUUUACCUGGAUUACAGGGACCAAAUGGGGAGCCUGGCGAUCGAGGAUCUGAAGGAAGACUUGGUCCCCCCGGACCGCCUGGUCAAAAUGGCAGUCGUGGCAGAACCGGUCCAGCCGGUCUCAUAGGACCCUCUGGUGUUUCUGGGCAAAGAGGGCCAAGGGGCUAUGAAGGAGAACGGGGCCCUGACGGGCCAGUUGGACCCGAGGGUACUGCAGGUCCUCCUGGACCAGUAGGUCCAGCAGCAGCCCCGGCAGCUGCCGCUGCAGCUAAAAGAAGACAUCGGAACCGAAAUCGUGGGGAUUAUUACUGGGGGGACUUGUGA